GGAGGUGGAUAGACGACGAUGAUCCAACUACUACCAUACACUAUAGUCCUAGUCCUAAUUAUUGCGCCGUGUCUCUAACUCUCUGCGUGGCUGCUUCUUAAUUCUCACGAGCUAGCUACCACCGCCAACAAACUCGAUUGAUCAUCCGUCCAGGUCCAUCCAUCAAGGAAGAAGGGUAGCUAGGGAGCUUCAGGCUUCAGCUGGCAGGCAUGGCGAAGCCGGACACGGCGGAUCUGGACCCGGUGAUGCACGCGAUGGGGUUCGAGCUGGACACCGUGUCCCCGUCGCUGCUCGCCGGCCGCCUCCCCGUCACGACGCGGUGCUGCCAGCCCUUCCGGGUGCUCCACGGCGGCGUGUCGGCGAUGAUCUCCGAGGGCCUGGCCAGCAUGGGCGCCCACAUGGCCUCCGGGUUCCGCCGCGUCGCCGGAGUGCACCUCAGCAUCAACCACUUCCGCAGCGCCGCCGUCGGGGACCUCGUGCACGCGCGCGCCGUCCCCGUCCAUAUCGGCCGGUCCACGCAGGUGUGGGAGGUGAAGCUGUGGAAGGUGGACCCUGAGUCGCCGGAGAAGAAGACGCAGAUCGCCGAGUCCAGGGUGACGCUGCUCUGCAACCUGCCCGUGCCGGAGAACCUCCACAACGCCGGCGACAAGCUCAAGAAGUACGUCACUGACGCUGGGCCUGCAGCUCCGGCUCCUCCAACCAGCAAACUGUGACUAAGUAUCGAUCUCCGCUGAACAUCUUAUUUUGACCUCGAUUGGAGUCAAAUUAUGCAAGUCAAUAAUCGACUCGAUUGCAGAGCUCUCUGAAGCGUGUGCUCUGUUUUGUUCUUCGAUCCCAACAAUAUCUCCUUUUCUUUUAUCUCUAGUUGAUAAGAUAUAUUUGGCGUC